CUCCACUAUAAAUUUCUAACCCUAACCCUAACCCUAAUCAAGCUAAUGCCCAACCCUAAUCCUUGAAAAUGUCAAAAGAGGCCACCUUGAUUUUUCCAUUAUUGCUUCACGGGCCACAAAUCAUUGUCGCUUCCAUGGAAUUCAAGGAACUUGUGGGUAACUCCAACAAUUUGUAGAGGAAUCGGAUUGAAAGCUAGGGUUUUUUCGAGACUGGAGAAUUAAGAUGGAUUGCUCCGAUUGCUUGCGAUGGUGGUGUGGGGCUGCGUCUCAGAAGGAAUUUCAUGAGCCGAAGCCCUUCUCUCUUCCUUGUGCUUUGCCUCAGUGGCCCAAAGGUGGAGGAUUUGCUGAGGGAUCAAUUUGCAUAGGUGAACUUGAGGUUGUACAGAUUAAGAAGUUUCAGAAAAUUUGGAGUUGUGUUCAGCUUGAUGAAAAUAGUAACGGGGCUACAUUUUAUAGACCGAUUGAUAUACCCGAUGGCUUUUUCAGUCUUGGUCAUUAUGGUCAAACAAAUGACAAGCCUUUGCAUGGUUUUGUUCUUGUGGCAAGGGAGAUUGAAGUCUGUGGAACAAGAGCUCGAGCUCUUGAGAAACCUAUUGACUAUGAACUUGUUUGGUGUUCAGAUGACGGGAAUGGCAAUUUCGAUGUUUCUUGUGGUUACUUCUGGCUUCCAUUGCCACCUGAAGGUUAUAAAGCUGUUGGCUAUGUUGUCACUAAAAAGCCUGACAAGCCUUCUCUUGAAGAAGUCAGAUGUGUUCAGUCUGAUCUUACUGAAACAUGUGAAACUAAGGAUUUGAUAUUUAAGUCGGAAGCAGGGCUUUUUGAGUUUCAGGUAUGGAAAUCACGACCCUGCUGUCGGGGAAUGUGGGCGAAAGGCCUGCCAGUUGGAACAUUUUGCUGCAGCAGUUAUAACUUCUCUGGAGAAAUGGUCGAUGUCUCUUGCUUAAAAAAUCUUGAUUCCUCUUUAUAUGCCAUGCCAAAUUUGGAGCAGAUCAAUGCUCUAAUAAGUCAUUAUGGUCCGACAGUGUUUUUCCAUCCUAAGGAAGUGUAUUUACCCUCGUCGGUCUCAUGGUUUUUCAAGAACGGGGCUACAUUACACAGGAACGGCAAGACUCUCGGGGAGCCUAUUGACAUAGAAGGUUCGAACCUGCCUAGCGGUGGUGUGAAUGAUGGAGAAUACUGGAUAGAUUUACCUGAUGAUGAUCGGAACAGUUAUGUUAAGCAUGGAGACAUGGACAGUGCUGAGCUGUAUGCUCAUGUAAAGCCAGCUCUCGGAGGAACUUUCACGGACAUUGCGAUGUGGGUGUUUUGCCCGUUCAAUGGCCCCGCAACAAUCAAGAUCGGGUUGCUCAAUUUCGCACUACACAAAAUUGGGCAGCAUGUUUCCGACUGGGAGCAUUUCACUCUACGUAUUAGCAAUUUUACCGGCGAGCUUUGGGGUAUAUAUUUCUCGCAGCACAGCGGUGGAGAAUGGGUGAGUGUUUGUGACCUGGAAUUUAUCAAAGAUAACAAAGCAAUUGUGUAUUCAUCAAAGAGCGGGCAUGCGAGUUUCCCACACCCAGGAAACUACCUUCAAGGUUCUGAAAAGCUUGGAAUCGGUGUGAGGAAUGACGCCGCUAGCAGCAAUUUUUCAGUAGAUUCGAGUGUUAAGUAUCAAAUUGUCGCAGCUGAGUAUCUUGCUGAUGUUGUGACUGAACCGUGUUGGUUGCAAUUCAUGCGGGAAUGGGGUCCGACGAUUACAUAUAAUUCUAGAUCAGAUCUGGACAAGAUAAUUGGUUUUCUGCCAAUUAAUCUCCGGUUCUCUGUCGAGACCAUUUUCGAUAAACUCCCCAUGGAGUUGUACGGGGAGGAAGGACCGACAGGGCCAAAGGAGAAGAAUAAUUGGGAAGGCGAUGAAAGAUGGUAAGCCUAGUUAUCUUCUCUUUUAAUCUGUAAAAAUGAUUCAAAUCACUUGUAUUUCUAUUCGUCGAAAUGAAAAGUGUUUGAUAUACGUUUGUUUGUACCAAAUUCUUGUAGUAUUUGCUUGAAAAGAUUAGUAAGUGAUUUGGACUUGGUAUUUUAAUACAUGUACACUGUUUGAUAGUUAAUAAUCCAAAUGU